CCCAGCCGGGGUCAGUGCCUGGGUCAUCGUGACGUCAUCAAUCCCACAACACCUCACUGGACCUCGCCAUUUCCAGUUUGGGAAAGUUGCUUCAAAUGAGUGUUCCGUUGUAGUUGUUUCUAAAUCUUUAGUGAAACCUUGAGUACUGGGCAUCUGGAUACACAUCAACAAUCAAGAUGUCCAAAACCAAGGCUCAGCAACCAGCUGUUAUCCACAAAGUUAUAAUGGUUGGCAGUGGAGGUGUUGGAAAAUCAGCUCUCACAUUGCAGUUCAUGUAUGAUGAGUUUGUUGAGGACUAUGAACCCACAAAAGCAGACUCCUAUCGCAAAAAGGUGGUUCUGGAUGGAGAAGAAGUGCAAAUUGAUAUUCUUGACACAGCAGGGCAGGAAGAUUAUGCAGCCAUUCGUGACAAUUACUUCCGAACUGGUGAAGGAUUUCUUUGUGUCUUUUCCAUCAAAGAACAAGAGUCCUUCCAAGCAACACAGGAGUUUAGGGAGCAAAUACUACGAGUGAAAGGUGAUGAAAGCAUUCCCUUUUUACUGGUUGGGAACAUGAUUGAUCUUAAGGAUCAGCGCCAGGUAUCCUACGAGGAAGCCCUCAAACGUGCUCAGGAAUGGAAUGUACAAUAUGUUGAGACUUCAGCUAAAACCCGUGUAAAUGUGGAUAAGGUGUUCUAUGAUCUCAUGCGCCACAUGGGAAAGUAUAAAUCUUCCCACUCUUCAGCAGCCCAACGCUCCCACGGCCAGAGUCGCGCUGCAGCCGCCAAGCAGGGCAAAGCUGAGAGUCAGUCAGCCACGCGAGCGUGCUGCAUUCUGGCCUAGAAGCCCAGGCAUUCUAUGAUUUGAUGCGUGCAAUUCGAGCUCGCAAAAUGGAGGCAACCAAACAAAAUAAUGGUAAACAGAAGAAGAGAGUCAAACAGAAAAAAAAGUGUGUGAUUUUGUAAUGUGUGUAACUUCGUUCUCCAUGGAAUCAGGACUGCUUCAUGUGUUGGCAGCCCAUAUUCCUUCUUUAACACAUUUAACUUAAGAUGCCACUACCAGCCUCAGGUUACCUGGAAAUGCAGGCACAAAAGUAAGAGACAUUCAACAGGAACUAUCCUAGACAGCCAGCUUGUCUUUCAAGUCACUGGUCUAGUUUCGAUAACGUCACAUGUGCUGGGUUAUUUAACAGUUUGCUCAGAUGACGACAGUAUACCCUGACAGUGCAGAUCUCCAACAACAACACCAACAAAAAAAACCCAAGGACAGAAUUGACCAAGCAGUUUGCAGAGUUGCACAGCUAUUGCGGUAUCUUGGUCUAUUAAUGAAAAGUUGUAAUCUUUCCAGCAUAUUUAUGUUGAAAUUCUUCCAUUUGUGGAAAGUAUCUUGAGCAGUGAAAAUCGUGCUUGUGCACCCAUGUACACAUGCACAUGCAUGCUAGUGCACACCCAUUUUGCUAUGUGUAUGCUUGCUAAAUGUUGCUGCUUAUCAUUCAUAAUGAAAGCUACGUUUAUGAUGCCUUACCAUUGAAUGAAAUGCAUGCCAUGGAGAAUGCACAUCUGUUAGAGACCAGUGUAUACACUGCAAGCUACAAUUAACAUAUGACUGGACAGUAUCUAUGCCUAUCUGGCAUUUUCUUGUAUUUGUAAGACUUUUGGUUUUUCAUCUCAUGGCUUGAUGGAGAAGCUUCUUCGAUGCCAGGAUUUCUGGAAACAGUAGUCAUACAUUGUGAACCCACAUACAUGCAUUUUUGUUAAAAAGUGAAAAAAGACUUUAAAACUGCUGUUACAACAGUGUACUGGCUUAUAAUGUAAUUGACUCAAAUUAUGUUGACAUGUGAAAGUGUUUUUAACUUUAAAGACAAGCAUUGGCUAUCCAGGAUUAAAAGAAGACUAAUUUUUUAACUUUUUUUUUUUUCGUUGCGGUGCAGUUACAGUAGAUUCAUAAAGUUUCACCAUGAAUUUCCUGAUGCAGCAGUGGGUUGUAAGCAUCCUCUUCAACUGCUGCUGGGUCUCUGCUUAGGGUUACAAUGAUCAGAAAUGCACAAGUUUCAUAACUAUAAAAACAUCUCUUGAUGAGCAAAUCAGGGGUAUUUUGUCUUGCUAAGUUAAACUUACCAACAUUUUUAUUGUUACCAUUUACUCAAGGGACUGAUUUUGGGUUUGUCUUUGGUCGUUUUUAUUUAAUUUGGGAUUCUGAGAUGGAAGAUUGCUUAUCACAUGGACAAAUUAGGUCACGCUUUAAAAAAGAAACAGUUUUGUUGGAGUAACUAUGCAACAGCCAUUAAUACUUUUGCAGUCUGCUCACAUUCUCCUUACACCAUUUUUGUGUUUGUAGAAUGAAGUCUGUUAGUACUUUGUAUUGAUGUUUAAUUCAUAUAUUUAAACUAUAUGCAGCAUACCAUAAAGUUCAAAAGCUCAGUAACAGCAAGUGCAGCAGAUAAGCGAGAUGUACCAGAAGAGGUAACUGCUGGUGUGGCUUGGGGUAGCCAUUGUGACUCAUUAAGCCUUUUUUAUAUUUCAUGCAAAAAUACGGGAUUAUAUUGUUUCUUGCCUUAGUUUGUGUAUUUUAACUCGUUGAACCCUAAAUUGUACUUCUCAGUACACAGCUGCAAUCGCUGCAGCUGGCUGUGGGCUUAGGUCUUCUCAAUUCAAGGGGAUUGACCAGAGCAAGUGUGUAAACCCAAACCAUGCAUUGACAAAGGCCUCCUUACCUCCAAGUUUCAUUAGCCUUUUAGCCAAAGAUUUUAAGUACUGCAUAUAUCUGGGAUAUCUGAACUACAAAUCAGGUCGAGUUUACUGUUGUAUUUUGCUAGCAGAAAACCACAAUUGAGAUGAGUGUUAUCCCUUUUCUGUUAUGAUUUGGUUUGGCAAGAGCUUUUAUUUUUUUUUUCUUUUUGCUUGAAUUUUUUUUUUUUUUAAUUUCCCAUUCCCUAAUGUACCAUAUGCAUUAGUGGCUAGAUAAACACUGUUGUGAGCUUUGGUGAGAUCAGCAUGACAUUAUAAAGGCUGUUAGUAAUGAUGUGUAACCAGGAAUUAUAUUUUAAAGCAUGCCAGUCUGGGAAAUACUCUUUUAUGACAGUGCACAUUUUGCUGACAAGGUGCCUCUGUGUGGCACACAUUUCGCUUUGCUAGCAUUAAUGUUUUUUCCUCAAUGUAAUGUGGUGGACCAAACAUUAAAUCUUUGGAUCAGGGAGAUAUAGCAUGUUAAGGCUGGAAGACAGAUGACUUCUGUCCAUGUCCUUGUAAUCAUCCUCAUUUGUGUUACUAUCAUCAUAUGCAUGUUGGCUUUUCUUCUCUUUAGCUUGUGCAUACAAUUUGCACAUGUACAUUGCAGAAAGGCUGUAAGUGGAGAAACAUGGGUCUCCAGGCUUGUGUGAUGAUAUGUGUAAAAGAAAAAGGGGUGGGGGAUUUAUUUUUUAUUUAAACUUACAUUUUAUGUCACCCUUAAAGGAUUUUGGAGGAUCUAUGGUGUGCUUUGUAAAUUUUGUGCAGUUGAGUUAAAAGAUAUAGCACAAAGUUUCCCAUCCCAGAUUGUGAAAUUGGGUAAAAGAGGUAAAAUAGGUAUAAAAGAGGUAAAAUAUUUCUCAUAAGAAUAAAAAUAAUUCUUAUGAUGCACCAGUUCUAGAUAGAAAGUGAACACAGCACAUGCAUGCAUAUGCUGAAGAGUCAUAUUUAUUUUUCCUCAUUUUGUUUGGUUUUCCAAGAUCAACGCAUGGAGAUCAUGCUGUAUUAAGAAUUUAAUAUGCAAGAAGACCAUUAAUGUGAGAGAAGUUUCACAGCAUUUGAGAAGUUCCUUGUCGUUAGAGACUUAUUAUUGGAUUAGGUUUAUUUCUGGACUCUUACUUCUGGAUUUUUACUUCUGUGUUCUUUUAAAGCCUCAAUACAGCUUAUGGUAAAAUCCUAACAAGAUGACAUUCAUUUGUUAUCAAGCAUUGGAAUGUAAAUCUUAGCUAAAGAAUAAAAUUUGUUAAUAAACAUGCCAGUUAUCAAAUCUGUGAACAUAUUGUUUUCUUGUUUUCAUCCAGCGUCAUAAGAGAAGAAAAAAAAAUUCUUGAAAUAUUCGGCCACUUUACAUUAUACAAGCUCUUAAACAUGCUUUUUAUCUGUGGUAUGGAUCUAUUUAGGUCACUAAUUCAUCCUAGGAAAAUUUGAAUUGUCUCUUUAGUUUGUAUGAUAUAUGCCAGAAAUCAUCAGCAAUGAGUAAAACAUCACCUAUCAGACAUGAAAAAUUUUGUAUCAGAAAUCAUUGACCAAAAAAAAAAAAUAAUUCACAAUCCAGUAAAAGGAAUUUUUAAUAUCCUUAAAUGGCAAAUUUGCACUUACUACUUUUGAAUGCCAGGAUAUAUUACUCCACAUUUGUUAUUAGUUUUUUUUUUUUAGCUCUUCUAACUUUUUUCCUCAAACAAGAAAGUCUAUAGGUGGUGCAUAAGACUUGCACUAUAGCCAAAAUAUUGAAUUCUUUGUUUUAUAAUUCAUUUGUGUGCCGUCAGAAAGUUCUGGAGAAUUUUUGUACAAGAAUGCAGUAUGAUUGCAGCUGUUGUGCUUUGUUUCUGCCUUUUGGUUAAAUUGAAAGAGCCUUCAGUUCAAAUUGAUGUCCAAGAAGAAACGUGUCCAUUCUGACCAAAUAUUUAGCUGUAAAAGAUUUCAGACUGGUUAAAAGAGUGAGCAUUACAUGCAUUACUUAUCUAGUUAGCCUUGCCUACUGUGUGUAAGUUUAAUUUCCUUUUACAGUGGAGAAGAAGAGCAUGUGAGAAAAGAGUGAAUGUUGGUGAUUUUUGGCUUUGUUAACAAGAUGAUGAAUCUAGAGCUGUGCAUCAGUGUAUGAAAUCAUAAUGGGCAAAUGCACUGCCCUGCUUGCUGAUAACUUUCCCCAUCCUCUGUUUUUAAGUACUUGUAUAGACAACUUCCUUGUUUUAUUUGUAAGCUGUGUAUCAAUGUGAAACUUCACAAAAUUCAUCUUGCCUCAUAGCUGGUGAUUCUUUAAGUAUGUGUAACAUUGUUAGGUCCUGCAUCUCUGCUAGUAUCUCGUGAUUGUUUAUGUUGUUUCCUUUUGUAUUCUUAUUUAAACAAACUGAAACUUUUGUACACUUGUCAUCACAUCAUUUAUUUUAUUUGCAUGACUGUUCUGUACUUAUAAGACACUUUAAUAAACGCCUAAUUUUUGUGACAGAAA